AUGAAGAUCAGUAGUAAUAUCAGCAGUCCAAGAAAAUCAGAGAAACAAGACGAGUAUCACGUUGUUCAUAAACUUCCAUCUGGUGACAGUCCUUAUGUUAGAGCCAAAUAUGUUCAAUUGGUCGAGAAGGAUUACGAAGCUGCAAUAGUUUUAUUUUGGAAGGCGAUAAAUGCUAGAGACAGAGUAGAUAGUGCACUCAAAGACUUGGCAGUGGUUAUGACACAACAAGAUAGGGCUGAAGAGGCAAUUGAAGCUAUAAAGUCCUUUAGGGACCUAUGCUCCAAACAAGCUCAGGAAUCACUAGAUAAUGUCCUUGUUGACCUAUAUAAGAAAUGUGGGAAAUUAGAUGAUCAAAUCGAACUGCUGAGGCAUAAGUUGAGGAUGAUUUACCAAGGAGAAGCAUUUAAUGGAAAACAGACCAAGACAGCUCGUUCCCAUGGAAGGAAGUUCCAGGUUACCUUAAAGCAAGAGACGUCCAGAAUAUUGGGCAAUUUGGGUUGGGCAUAUAUGCAGAAAACAAACUAUGCAGCCUCUGAAGCUGUUUAUCGUAAAGCACAGCAGAUAGAUCCCGAUGCCAACAAGGCCUGCAAUCUGUGCCUGUGCCUUAUAAAACAAGAACGAUAUGAUGAAGCAAAAUAUGUUCUUGAAGAGGCAUUACACGGCAAAUUUCCUGGUUCAGAUGAUCCCAAGUCAAGGAAUCGAGCUGAGGAGCUUAUGAAGGAGUUAGAGCCUUAUAAGCCCGUGGCUUCUGCUUCACCUUCUUUAAAACCGAGUUUGGAAGAUGCAUUUGUGGCGGAACUUGAUUGGUUAAUAAACCAGUGGACACCUGUCAGAUCAAGAAGACUCCCCAUUUUUGAAGAAAUAAUAUCCUACAGAGAUCAACUGGCUUGUUGA